AUAAAAAACACACAUGCGCCUUUAUCUCUCUUUUUCCUCAUAACAAUAAUAAUCUCCUCAUUUUCUUUGUAUCUUCUUCUCUUUGAUUGCCGGCGGCACACAAUCAGCAAAAAGAAAAACAACCCUAGAACCCCUUUUCUCUUUGCUGAAAGAUUUUUUGCACAAAAUCCAAUCUUUUUAAGAUAGGAACGAAGCACGGAAAGAAAUUGAGCAUCAAGUGUUCUGGUUAGGUCUGUGAACUCAGAGAAAUUGGAUUCGCUUAAUGGUUUAACAAAAAGGAUGUUCGCCUUUCAUGAUUUUGCAUCAGAGACUUUGAUUUUGAUUUUGCACAAAGUGUUACUUCCUUGCUGCUGAUCAUAAGUUGGGAGCAAUAUUUGAUUGCUAAUGGAUCGUAAGGAUACUUCAGGAUUCGUUAGUGGGGGUGGGAUGUGUUCUUGUAGACACAUCUAACCCUAGUUUACAACUAACUUUUCUUAAUCCCGGAAGUCAGGUUGACUGUUCUUUUUCAAUUGAGAUUUGGUUCAAAUAGAAGUUUUUAUACCAGCUAUUAGUUUAUGGAUCCCAGAUUCCGUUAUGUGGGGUUUACUGUGAACCCUCAGUUAAGUGCAUUCAAGAAUCUGGGCAAAUCCAUCGCAGUUGGUGAAGCUGGAGUUGGAGGUAGUUAUUGUGCUGAUACCACCUUACGGCUUGAUUCAAUUGGCUCUUCAGUUCCAUCCAUCCCUGCCCCAAAAGGAAUCAAACGACAAUGGAGUUCAAUUGGUGGAUCUAACGAUCAGCCAAUUGGUUCAUCUUUGUCUCUACGUUUAGGACAUUCAUCAAGUUCCUCGGAUAGCAAGGGGAGCUCAGGCGCUGCAUGCACUUCAAUGUCUUCAGCAAGAGAAAAUGAUGAAGAGUCCUCGAUGGACCUGGACUUGGACUUUAGUCUCCAUCUUGGUAGUGAGAGGACUUCAAGCUCUAGAAAGUUUGCUCACCCUGAGGCCAAAAAACUUGCCAAAGGGCUUGCAGUUGAUCUGGAACUUAGUCUCUCUAGUGGUGCUGCUGAAUCUGAUGUCACCACUGUGCAUUUGCUCUCUACUUCACCACAAAGUAUCAUGAAGGCGCCACAGGCGAUGGCUGGAGCUUUUCACACUGAUGAAGUAUCAACAGCUAUACAUUGGAAGACUAGCAACAUUUUCCAUCCAUUACGAACUCCACAGGAAACUGAGGCUAGUUACUUAUUGAACCAGGCUGCAACGCAAAUCAAGCUAGCUACAGUCUCCCCCGAUCUGUCGUCAAGUAUAAUCACAAAUUCAAAGAGCUCAGUCACCUGUACUUCCGGGUUAACAAACCAGCAGCAACAACAACAGCAGCGUAGCAGUAGUACUAAACUGUGUCAGUUUAAGGGAUGCGUAAAAGGAGCAAGAGGUGCUUCUGGGCUUUGCAUUGCCCACGGUGGGGGCCGCAGGUGUCAGAAACCAGGCUGCCACAAGGGAGCUGAGGGUCGGACUGCAUUUUGCAAAGCCCAUGGGGGUGGUCGUCGGUGUGAAUUCCUAGGUUGUACAAAGAGCGCGGAAGGACGCACCGACUUUUGCAUUGCACAUGGGGGUGGACGUCGUUGCAGUCAAGAAGGAUGCAGCCGCGCUGCCAGAGGGAAGUCUGGAUUAUGCAUUCGGCAUGGUGGGGGGAAGAGAUGCCAGCAUGAGGGCUGCACCAAAAGUGCAGAAGGACUCUCUGGCCUUUGCAUUUCACAUGGAGGUGGCCGGCGCUGUCAGUACCCCCAAUGCACUAAAGGAGCCCAAGGAAGUACCAUGUUUUGCAAGGCACACGGUGGUGGUAAGCGUUGUACCUUUGAAGGGUGCAAUAAGGGGGCAGAGGGGAGCACAGCUUUCUGUAAGGGUCAUGGUGGUGGGAAGAGAUGUUCAUUCCAAGGAAAUGGGCUCUGCCCGAAGAGUGUUCAUGGGGGGACACUCUUCUGCGUGGCCCAUGGUGGUGGCAAGAGGUGUGCUGUGUCAGAGUGUACCAGGAGUGCAAGGGGAAGAACUGAUUUUUGUGUACGCCAUGGUGGUGGAAAAAGAUGCAAAGUUGAAGGCUGUGGGAAAAGUGCUCAGGGAAGCACUGAUUUCUGCAAAGCCCACGGUGGAGGGAAGAGAUGCUCUUGGGGUCAGCCUGAUUCUGAAUUUGGCCAAGGUGAUGGUCUCUGUAACUCAUUUGCCAGAGGGAAGACUGGACUUUGUGCAUCUCAUGGUGCUCUCGUUCAAGACAAACGCGUCCACGGUGGUGCCACUCUUGGGACUAUGGUCCUGGAUCUAGAGCCAAACCAGUCUGAGAAAAUGAAGGAGAUUGUCAAUGCGGAAGACAUCUGUUUUGAUGUCACGAAAAUGCAGAGUAUUGGUAUGACCUCUGGCGAUGACCAUCACAUGAAAUAUCUUGGAUUUAACCAACCCAAUAUUCCAGUCGCAGGCAGCUCAUCAUCAGUUUCUGAAGGAAGGGUGCACGGAGGAGGUUUGAUGGCAUUGCUAGCAGGUGGUUCUGGCCGUACCUCAAACAACAGCAAGGAACCAGUUCCUGCAUCUGAGCCAGGGAGUUCUUUCAUAGUCUCUAAGAACUGGAUGUAAGAUGUAUAGCCACUCUAUUUCUCAAUUUGGUUUGCAGGCCUGCAGCGCUCCACCUCUAUGUUUGUGUCCUUUUCAUUUUAGUUUCUUCACUCUUUCUUAUGUUAUAUGGGUUUGAACUGGAACUUGUACUGCUAAAUGUAUCUGUAUCAAUAAGGGGAGAAACCCCACUAGGGUCAUUGGUAUUUGUACAUAGCUUCUUUUUUUCAUGUAACAUUUGGUCUUGUGAAUAUUUCG